AUGGGACCUUCAACUGCCCGGAAUGGGGUCCUCGGCUGCUGGCAUACCAUCGUCUUCCUUAUCUUGACCACGAGCGUCCUUUUGUCACUGGGUCAAACAAUCCAGGCCGAACCCUCGACAACCCACGGACCCGAUGGGUUGCAGAUUCGAGAUGGAAAUCGGGUAGCGCUGCGGAUCAUGCCUCUCGGGGCCUCCAUCACGGCCGGCUACCGUUCUACCGAUGGCAAUGGGUAUCGGAAGUACCUAUGGGAGCAGCUUCGCUAUGAGGGCUGGGAGGUGGAUAUGGUAGGCAGUCUUCGCAGUGGGGAUAUGCAAGACAAUGAAAACGAAGGUCACUAUGGCUACCGGGUCGACCAGAUAGCAGAAGUGGUCAAGAAAUCUUAUCAUUUCCAGCCCAACCUCAUCCUAAUCAAGUAUGUUCACAUCUAUUCCUCACUCCCAGCAGAUGCUUUGAUAGUAACUGUUAGUAGCGCCGGAACCAACGACGCUCUCCAAAACUACAACAUAGACUCAGUCGGAGACCGCAUGAACGGGCUGCUCACCCAGCUAUUCGAUGCCAUCCCCGGCACCACCAUCAUCCUAUCCACCCUACUACAGAACACGCGACAGCCGAUCAAUGUUGAAACAGUCAACAGAGAGUAUCGCAAGCUCGCUGCCCAACGCCGUGCAGAUGGCGACAGGGUUGUGCUGGCAGAGAUGAGCCAGUUUAUCAAAUUCGACCAGCUCAAGGAUGGAACUCACCCCAUAGACCUUGGAUAUAAAGAGAUGGCGUCGGUUUGGUGGGCAGCAAUUGAAACGGCCCAACAAGCAGGGUUUCUCCAGAAACCGAACGGCGUAGGUUCUCUCACUGCCAGCAAUGCGACGUCCAAACAGGCGGUGAAUGCCAACGUCUCGGACCCGGAUCUACCGUACUACAGCGCGGUUCCCCAGCCUGUAUCCAAUCGUGGGCUACAGGCAUUCCGGGAGUAUUGGCAUGUUUUGUUGUUGGUGGUGGCUCUGCAGUUGGUUAUCAGACAUGUUUAA